CAUAUGUGUCUACGGAUGUGUUAUUCCAAAACUUGAGUCGUGAACUUGGCCGUGACUUUGUAUGUUUUCCCCUCUAGGCAUGUUCUUUUACCCUCACCAUGUCUAUUGCUACUUCCUUUAAUAAUCAUUGAGUAAUAUAGAACUAUUUAUUUCGAACAUUUUUUGAGGGAACAGAAGAUACCGCUAUCCGAUUUCUUGGCUAUUGACUCUGUUCACCGGAAUACCAUUCUCCUUUCAAAAAUCACAGUAUUUGUUUUGACUUUUUUGUUGUGACGUGUGCUAUAGAGCUAUAAAGGACUACUAUACGUUUAUUUAUUGUGACAGUUCAUAAGAUUAAAAAAUGAGCAAACAAAAUGGACACCACAACUGGCCCAGGGACGUUGGAAUAAUCGACAUUGAAAUUUACUUUCCCUCCUACUAUGUGGAUCAAGAGGAAUUGGAGGCUUUUGAUAAUGUCUCCAAGGGAAAGUACACCAUUGGUUUGGGCCAAAACAAGAUGGGCUUCUGUACGGACAGGGAAGAUAUCAAUUCCAUGUGUCUCACUGUGGUUGAGCAACUGAUAAAGAAGAGAAAUCUAUGCUACAGCCAAAUAGGGAGACUUGAAGUUGGUACAGAGACUAUAAUAGACAAGUCGAAGAGUGUCAAGACUGUGUUAAUGGAACUUUUCAAAGAGAGUGGAAAUCAUGAUGUUGAAGGCGUUGAUUCGACUAAUGCGUGCUAUGGAGGAACUGCUGCUCUUUUCAAUUCUGUAGCAUGGGUGGAAUCCAGUGCAUGGGAUGGUCGCUAUGCAUUAAUGGUAGCUGGUGAUAUAGCAGUAUAUGCAGAAGGAAAUGCUAGACCUACAGGUGGAGCUGGUGCUAUAGCUAUUCUUAUUGGCCCAAAUGCACCUAUAGUUUUGGAACGAGGUUUGCGCUCUACUUACAUGGAACAUGUGUAUGAUUUCUAUAAGCCUAAUCUCAUGAGUGAAUAUCCUACAGUUGAUGGAAAGCUUUCUGUUCAAAGUUAUGCCAAAGCACUCGAUAAAUGCUAUGAGGGAUUUUGCAGAAAGGCAGAGAAGCUCUCUAAAGCCAAAAGUAAAAAGUGGUUUACUCUCAAAGACUUGGAUGCUAUGCUAUUCCAUACUCCAUAUUGUAAGUUAGUUCAAAAGAGUUUGGGACGUCUUGCAUUUAAUGAUUUUAAAAGAAAUCUAGACUCCGGAGCAGAGGAAGAGUACAAAGGACUGGAAGUGUAUCGUAAUUUGAAGUUGGAAGAUACUUAUUUUAAUAAAGAUGUAGAAAAGGCAUUUGUGGAUUUCAGUAAGGACAUGUAUGAGACCAAAACUAAACCAAGUUUAUUAAUUCCGAAGGAAGUUGGAAAUAUGUACACACCCUCACUUUAUUCAUGCUUAGUUUCUUUCAUUGCCAGUAAAAAAAUUGAAGACUUGGGUGGUAUUAGAGUUGGUAUGUUUUCUUAUGGAUCUGGGUUAGCUGCUACCCUAUUUUCCUUACAAUUUUCUGAAGACAUCACAAAGGGAUCACCUCUUCGUCACUUACACGAUAGUCUUCAAAACAUCAAAGCUCGCCUAUCAAAUAGGAAAAAGAUAACUCCAGAGAUGUUUACAGAAAUCUUAAAACUUAGAGAUUCCACUCACCACAAAGCUCCAUAUACACCAGUUGGGAAAAUAGCUGAUCUUUUCCCAAGAACAUGGUAUUUGGAAUAUGUGGAUGAUAAACACCGAAGAGGUUAUUUGCAGAUGAAGGAAAUACCUUCUUGUCUAAAAGUUAAUGGCUGUAUAACAAAAGAGAAUAUUGCGCAUUGUGAUAAUCCUAAAGUCUGUGGAGAAUUUUGCAAAACCACUGCCACUUCAAUUUCCAUUGCUGAAGGUGUUUAGAGACAGUUUCCUUCUACCUUUUCAAAGAAUUUCUGCAAAACGAGCUCUACUUUUUGUUUUGAUAUUUGAAAGGGUGAACAAGGAAGAGGUAUUUUAGUGCAGCUAUGAAAUAUUUUUGCUCACUUUUGUCACUGUUGAAUGAGAUUGGUAAUAAGGAUGUUGCUUUUUUUUACUCAUACUUUCAGCUGAACCAUUUUUUUAAGAUUGAAAUGUUACAAGUAUACUUAAUAGCUUUUUUUUUGUUGAAAAAUUUUUUACUUUCUAAUAAUAAAAAAUAUAUUCAGGGAUGUGAUUCUUCCACCAAUAUGCAGGUUACUGUUUUUUCAUGUAUUUUUUUUCCAAUUGAAUUCAAAUUAAGAAUUCAAGUUCUAUAUUUACCAUAUUUAGUUAAAUUCAUUUAAUUGGAAUGAGUUUCCCUAUUUUAGAAUGUCGUCAACUCCAUUAUUUAUAGCUGAAAAUCAGUAUAUUUUGCUUGAACUCAAGUAAAUACUAUUUUCAACGCUAUUAUCGAUGAAUCCCGCGAUACUACUUGUCUUAUAUAUGUCAAAAAUUAACUUUAUAUUCCAAUGAGUCCUUGAAAUUAUUUACUACUUAAUUCUUACUUUAUUGAUAAUUUGAAUAUGAAAGUCAAUAUAAUGGAAGUCUUGAGUAGAUUUCCUGUUCCUUGAUUAUUUAAAUUAAAGUUUUUAGUUUAUCUUUUCAUGUGUUUGUCUUGAAAUUUUAGAUUACAUCUUUUUAUUUUUUUAAAUUUGCAUUUUUGAUUGAUCACAUCCCUGUUAUUUUCUAAUUACAGUUAAAAAAUAAUAUAUGU